GUGAAAACUCUGCAUACAAAAUGGCCACAAAUAAGCCCAAGGGUCAGAAUUCUUUGGCCUUACACAAAGUCAUCAUGGUAGGCAGUGGUGGUGUGGGGAAAUCUGCUCUGACUCUACAGUUCAUGUAUGAUGAGAUGAGAAAACAGAACUUCAGAGAGGUUACCCAACUUGCCCAAGAAGAAUGAUCUCUGAUGAGUAAACAAGUUUCAAGCCUGGCCUCCUGAAGAAAAUCCCACAGAUUCCUACUAUCCCAUGUCUCUUCCUUUUCCAUGCUCAUCAGCAUUUCUUUCAUGUGCACACAAAACCCUUAAAUCCAUCAGUUGUCCUGCUUGUUGAUGAUUAUAAUAAAAAGUUUGGGGAGCAAGAGGAUGAAAUGGUGAUAUGGUGAUUAAAUGGUGCUAAUUUAUUUCUUCUUGCCCAUCUUCCUUAUUAUUCCUUUAAUAGCUGGUUUUCUCUUGGGCUAAUCUUUAAAUCAGUCUCUUUCUCCUUGAAAGUAAGGAGGCCAAAAAUAAGAAUAUUCACAUGCCUAACAUUCAGUAAAUGUUUAAGCACAAUAUUAGCACAUAAAUAUGGUAGAAUGUUGCAUAGCUUUUAUAGUUACAAAUACACUGUACCCAUUUUUAAAUAAUUCUUUGAUGAGGGGCUGUCAUAUACCAGGCACUGUACUGGGCUUUGGAGAUACAGUGGUGAGUAGCAUAGUAAAGGUCCCUGCUCUGAGGACUGAAAUCCUGUAGGGGGAUAUAGACAUUAAAUAAAUAAGAAAACGUCAGAUAAUGGAAAUAUUUAUAGAAACCAAUAAAAGAACCUGCAAAGGUGUAUUUGUAUACAUACACACUAACAGUGAUUUAUUGAUCAAAAAAGGUGUCUCAAGUUGACAAGAAUGAGAAGUGAUGCAACAGUUGAUCCUUUAGAUUCAUGGAGUUGGAGUUUGUGGAGGACUAUGAGCCUACCAAAGCAGACAGCUAUCGGAAGAAGGUAGUGCUGGAUGGAGAGGAAGUCCAGAUUGAUAUCUUAGAUACUGCUGGGCAGGAAGACUAUGCUGCAAUUAGAGACAACUACUUCCGAAGUGGGGAGGGUUUCCUCUGUGUCUUCUCCAUUACAGAAAUGGAAUCCUUUGCAGCCACAGCUGACUUCAGGGAGCAGAUUUUAAGAGUAAAAGAAGAUGAAAAUGUUCCAUUUCUGCUGGUUGGUAACAAAUCAGAUUUAGAAGAUAAAAGGCAGGUUUCUGUAGAAGAGGCAAAAAACAGAGCUGAUCAGUGGAAUGUUAACUAUGUGGAAACAUCUGCUAAAACACGAGCUAAUGUUGACAAGGUAUUUUUUGAUUUAAUGAGGGAAAUUCGAGCCAGAAAGAUGGAGGACAGCAAGGAAAAGAAUGGAAAAAAGAAGAGGAAAAGUUUAGCCAAGAGAAUCAGAGAAAGAUGCUGUAUUUUAUAAUCAAAGCCCAAAAUCCUUUCUUAUCUUGACCAUACUAAUAAAUAUAAUUUAUAAUAAGCAUUGCCAUUGAAGGCUCAAUUGACUGAAAUUACUUAAACAUUUUGGAAAUUGUUAUGUAUCACUAAAAGCAUGAAUUGGAACUGCAAUGAAAGUCAAAUUUACUUAAAAAGAAAUUAAUGUGGCUUCACCAAGAAGCAAAGUUCAGCUUAUUUCAUAAUUGCCUACAUUUAUCACUGUACUGAAUGUAGCGUGCAACCUUGUGUUUCAAGGGCAGUCUUUCCUGAACUGUUAAAUAAAGAAGUGAAGUGGAGUGGAGAAUGGCAGGAAAGGCUACUUCCUCUGAUUUAUUAUAAAAUUUAAAUUUUCUAUCAUUUUAAAAUGUUUUGGUCUUCUACUGCCUUGAAAAAAUGACAAUUGUGAACAUGAUAGUUAAACUGUACCACUUUUUUAACCAUUGUUAUGCAAAAUAUAGAAGAAAAGGUCAUUGGCAUGGUUGUUGCAUAUAGUUAAAUUGAGAGUAACUCAUCUGUGAGCCUGUAUUAAUUACCUGGUGAUUAACUUAGAAAAGUGGUGUAAACUUGUACAUGGAAAUUUUUGAAUAUGCCUUAAUUUAAAAACAGAAAAAUAGCUGGGUACAUCAUUCUGGGUGUGUUCUCACUGGCUCCAUGGGCCUAUUACCCAUGCAUCCUGGUGAGAGAAAAUAUGCCUGGUGUGGAGUACAGCUUUUGUAUAGAAGAUUCUUGAGGAAUAACUGUCUGCUAAGAGUCUACCCAAAUUUAAAAUGCGUGCCAUACUCUGGUUCUUGAAAAUGAGAUUCCAGAGCUCCUUGAUUGCUUUUAAUAAACUAUACUGUAGUUUAAAAUGAAGGGCCAGCAUGUACUUGUAAGAUCAUUUUAGACCGUACAAGGAUUCAGCACCAGUCAUGCUUCAGUGAACCCUCUUUUUCUUUAACAUGCUGGUCCCUGGAAAUCCCCUUCCAUAAGUGGUGAGUGAGUAAGUGUUAAGUUUUUAAUCCCUUUGGAGCAGGGCAUAGGAAGAAUGUCAGUAGUGCUCAUGUAUUUUGCACUAGAACACUUUGGGGAGAUGUUCAUGCUUGUUACCCAUUAAUUUCUAAGUUUGUACUCAUGAGGUAACAGUUUGGCUAUACGGGAGUUAGUAGGAGUAUUUGCAGUCUGUUUGUGUUAAAAAUGUAGAACAUUGUUGCUACAUUUUCAUAGAAUUAAUACUGAGCAGUCAAACCUGUAUAAUGCAGAAAAUAUGUUUGGCAUACACAGACCAAACCUGAGGCCUGCGUGCAGUGUCACCAUUGUAUGGUGUUCCCACUGGAGAAUUCUUGUGCACUAUUUGGUAACAUGAUUUCAUUGGGAAAUAUACCACUCAAUUUUUUUUUCUCCAUCUCUGGAUUGGGGCUAGGUCAGUUGAUUCAACAAAGUUUUUCUUUCUUUUUGUUCAGCCCUAAUUUCAGCAGAUCAAAGAUGUGUUCAGGUAUUCCAGGUAGCAGGUGUGUACGUAACGUUAGCAAACAUAGGGAUUUUAGGAACUCAACUCUUUAGAUAUUAUAUCUGGCUUGUCAUGUUAAAUAUUUGUCCUUAAUGGGUUUGAGAUGUACAUCUUUCAUUUCAUAUUUUUCAUAGGCUAUGCCACGUGCAGAAUUUAAGUCACCGAUGUAACGCUGGCCUGGUUGGCCCAUCGAUGUCAAUCUGUACUCCUUGCAGUCUUAUUUAACCAGGGGUCCUAACCACUAACAUUGUGACUUUGCUUUGAAACCUUUCCUCUCCUGGGUACUGAGGUGCUAUGAAGCCAACUGACAAAGAUGCAUCACAUGUCUUAGGCUGAUGCCACUACCCGAUUCGUUUAUUUGCAAUUUGAGCCAUUUAAAGACCAAUAAACUUCCUUUUUUUUUUUAA